AUGGGAUUGGAAGUUGUAGAAGUAAUCAGUGGAUGGAUGGAAGGAGAAAUCAAGAGCUUCAUCAAGGUAUGGCUCCUAGUCAUUGCAUCACUAAGCUACUGUUACUCUGUCUCCAGAAAUGUCCCAAAGGGACCAUCCAGGCUCUUAACAACACUUCCUGUUGUAUUUCUCAACCUUCUCCUCCCUCUCAACCUUCACACCUUGCAUCUUGGAGUUUCAAGUGCUUUCUUCUUAGCUUGGCUUUGCAACUUCAAGCUCCUCAUGUUUGCAUUUGGCAAAGGCCCCUUAUCAGAUUCCUCUUUAUCUCUUUCCCAUUUUCUUGCCCUUGCUUGCCUCCCCAUCAAAGCCCAUCAUCAAAACAACCCUUCUACCAAAACCACCCAAAAAGGCCUAAAAUCACUAUGGAAUUAUGGGAUCAAGCUUUUACUCAUCCCUUUGUUCCUUAAAGCUUAUGAUUACGAGGACCGUAUUCACCCUAAGCUCACCUUGGUCGUAUACACUAUCCACAUCUACGUUGGUUUGGAAACUUUGCUUGCCAUAGUUGGAGGUCUGGCUCGAGCCAGUCUGGGCAUAGAACUUGAGCCACAAUUCGACGAGCCAUACUUGUCCACCUCGCUUCAAGACUUCUGGGGAAGGAGAUAG